UCCUUGUCCUUAACUGGUUUCUGACAUCAUCACACUCACUCAGUCGAUCAUCCACUAUCCUUCCGUUCCCAGCCAGCAGCUAGCAUAGCAAUCAGUCCCCCCUUCGCGAUUUCAUCCUCCCGACAUCUCCGAUAGCUGCCCAUCCUCCCCUAGAGUCCUCAAUCUCUACUACAGAAAUGGAGAAUAAUCUACCAGUCAAUAUUCGCGAGUAUCAAGAACUCGCCAAGAAAGCACUGCCAAAGAUGCACUAUGAUUAUAUCAAUGGAGGAGCGGAGGAUGAACACACAUUGAGGGACAAUAUUGCAGCAUAUGGAAGAAUUUUGUUGCGACCUCGGGUUCUUGUAGAUGUCAGCAAUAUAGACAUGUCGACAAACUUAUUGGGAUAUGACAUGCCCUCCCCCAUAAUUGUUGCACCAACAGGAUCACACAAAUUGGCAAAUCCAGAAGGGGAGGUGGCUACAGCAAGAGCUGCAGCAUCAUGUAAUACCUUAAUGGUGCUAUCCUUCUCAGCCAGUUGCAAAAUCGAGGAAGUUGCCUCCAGUUGUAAUGCAAUUCGUUUUUAUCAGUUAUAUGUGUUUAAGAACAGAGAUAUUUCAGCAACAUUGGUACGGCGGGCUGAGAGUCAUGGAUUCAAGGCAAUUGUUUUGACAGUUGACACUCCUAUGCUCGGUCGACGUGAAGCAGAUAUCAGAAAUAAGAUGGUUGCUCCUGCGAAUGCAAACCUCGAAGGUUUGAUGCCAAUAGAUGAUCUCGAUACUGCAGACGGGUCGAAGCUUGAGAAGUAUGCGCGCGACACGCUGGACCCGUCUUUAUCAUGGAAGGACGUGGAGUGGCUGAAAUCCAUAACUAGCCUGCCCAUUCUACUGAAGGGCAUCGUGACCGCCGAGGACGCCAGGAAAGCGGUGGAGGCCGGGGCAGCCGGCAUCAUCGUGUCCAACCACGGCGCUCGGCAGCUCGACUACGCGCCGGCCACCAUAUCCGCCCUCGAAGAGGUAGUUAAGGCGGUGGCGGGGGCGGUCCCGGUGCUGGUGGACGGCGGAGUCCGGCGGGGGACCGACGUGCUCAAGGCGCUGGCGCUGGGUGCGCGGGCAGUCAUGGUGGGGAGGCCGGUGCUGUACGGGCUGGCGGCGAGGGGCCAGGCAGGGGCGAAGCACGUGAUCGAGAUGCUCAACAGGGAGCUGGAGCUGGCCAUGGCGCUCUGCGGCUGCCGGAGCGUCGCCGAGAUCACCCGGGACCGCGUCCAGACCGAGGGCGACCGGUUCAGGUCGCUGCUCUGAUGAGGGAUGCGCGGCGGCAGUCGCAGCACAUACUGCAUACUGUGAAGGACACACUGCAUGUGCCAGCGCCCUCAUUGGUCAUUCGAGAUGCUGGUAGUAAUUAGCUAAGGAUCUGUAAAAUGGAAAAUUGGAGUAAUGCUUUGUGCAGCCCUGAGAACAAACUUUGCAUUGUUUUGCUGAGAGAAGGAUUUUAUCCAAACACCCAGCAUAUAUAAGUUGGAUUUUAUCCAAAGAAUCGUAUGAGGUUAUUA